AUGAGUUCAAAAGUACACUCAGUUGAUGUGGAAAAAGAUGCUUUCUCAAAUGCUAUUCCUGAGAUUGAAAUUCUGAAGAGAAGAAAGAAAGAAGAGAUAGAGAAACAACAAGUUCUUGAAAUACAGAAACUUGAAAAAAAGAAAACAUAUGCUCAAGCAGCUGAAUCUGCUGUCUCUAAACCUGCUAUCUCUAAAUCUACUGUCUCAAAACCUGCUCAAAAUUCUGAGAAAACUGAGAAGAAUACUGCUCAUGCCUCUAUUCAUAGAAAAGUGGAAAAGAAAAUGCAAAAAGAGAAAAACUUUCAAAUCUCCAGAAAUAGAAGACUUAUUCUCAAAGUCUCAAACCAGGACAUUCUGCAAAGAAACAAGCUAAACUCAAAUCUCAUUUUCAGAAUUAGAAAUGAAAUUAACCAGCAGUUCUUUUCUCAGUUAAUGACUGAUAUUGAAGUUCAAAAACCAGUUAUAGCUUCAAUUGAACCAUCAUUCUUUGAAAACUCCAUCAUUCUGACUACAAUGCCUGAAUUCAGUGCUGAAUUCCUUAUUCAGAAUGAGAAUCUCUGGAAGUCAGCAGUAGAAUCUUUGUUAAACACAAUAAUUCUACCUGAAAGAGAUGAAAAGUGA